AUGGCUCACCCCUCCCAGCUAGGCUUCCAAGAUGCAGCAUCACCCGUAAUAGAAGAACUACUACACUUUCAUGACCACGCCUUAAUGAUUGUAUUCCUUAUUAGUACUUUAGUACUUUACAUUAUUGUUGCCAUAGUCACCACAAAACUAACAAAUAAAUUCCUUCUUGACUCCCAAGAAAUUGAAAUCAUCUGAACAGUGCUCCCCGCAAUUAUUCUAACCCUUAUUGCCCUGCCUUCCCUUCGCAUCCUUUACCUGAUGGACGAGAUCAAUGACCCCCACUUGACAAUUAAAGCAGUAGGGCACCAAUGAUACUGAAGCUAUGAGUACACCGACUACGAAGACCUGGCUUUUGACUCCUACAUAAUCCCAACACAAGACCUUACCCCAGGUCAAUUCCGACUGCUUGAAGCUGACCAUCGAAUGGUUGUCCCAGUGGAAUCUCCCAUCCGAGUGCUUGUCUCCGCAGAAGAUGUACUACACUCAUGAGCUGUUCCUUCACUAGGGGUUAAAAUAGACGCCGUCCCAGGCCGACUUAACCAAACAGCUUUCAUCACAUCACGGCCAGGUGUGUUCUAUGGGCAAUGCUCAGAGAUUUGCGGCGCUAAUCACAGUUUUAUGCCUAUUGUAGUAGAAGCAGUACCCCUCGAACACUUUGAGAACUGAUCAUCCCUUUUACUUGAAGAUGCCU